UGUAAAUGUUUGAUAUAUUUGUACUACUCCCACAGGAAAGAUGCUUGCAGGAAUUGCCGAAUUGGAAAAAUAUAUAAUUGAAGACAAGGGAAAGCCAAAAGACAAGAGACAAAGGCUCGUAAUUGUUGGCACGUACGAUGGACUCAGGGAAGCCUCUGAAACUGUACUUCAUUCAUUACCUAGCAGCUGGUCAUAUGAUCCCUCUAUGCGACAUAGCAACACUCUUCGCUUCUCGUGGCCACCACGUCACCAUCAUCACUACUCCCUCCAACGCUCAAAUCAUUCACAAAUCCUUACCUUCCAAUCACAACCUCCGCCUUCACACCGUUCAAUUCCCCUCCCAAGAGGUUGGCCUCCCCGACGGCAUCGAAAACCUCUCCGCCACCGUCGACCUCAACAACCUCGCCAAGGUCUACCAGGCCACCACGCUCCUCCGAUCACCCAUCGAGCACUUCGUGGAGCACAACCCACCCGACUGCAUCGUCGCUGACUUUUUGUUCCCAUGGGUGGAAGACCUUGCAAACAAGCUUGGCAUCCCCAGGCUCGCCUUCAACGGAUUCUCCCUCUUUGCCAUCUGCGCCAUAAACUCCGUGACGCCACACUCAAUCGAUGCUUCCGGUUCCUUAGUCAUUUCGGGUCUUCCUCACCCGAUAACCAUUAACACAACACCGCCAAAGGAGUUGAGGGAAUUCCUGGACUCGAUGCUGGAGACAGAGCUCAAAAGCUUUGGGCUCAUCGUCAACAACUUCGUGGAGCUCGACGGAGAAGAGUACGUCCACCACUACGAGAAAACCACGGGUCACAAGGCAUGGCAUCUUGGUCCAGCCUCUCUUAUUCUCAGAACAGCGGAAGAGCAAGCAAAGAGGGGUCAAGAGAGCGUGUUGAGCGUGCAUGAAUGCCUGAGUUGGCUUAACUCGAAGCGAUCCAACUCGGUGCUCUAUAUAUGCUUCGGGAGCCUUUGCCAUUUCCCAGAUAGCCAACUGUACGAGAUGGCAUGUGGGAUAGAAGCUUCGGGUCACGAAUUCAUAUGGGUGGUACCUGAGAAAAAAGGGAAGGACGAUGAGAGCGAGGAGGAGAAGGAAAAGUGGCUGCCAAAGGGUUUUGAAGAAAGGAAUGGGAAGAAAGGGAUGAUCAUUAGAGGGUGGGCCCCGCAGGUGCUGAUACUGGACCACCCCGCCGUGGGUGCAUUCCUGACGCAUUGUGGGUGGAACUCCACCGUGGAGGCUGUCAGCGCAGGGGUUCCGAUGAUCACGUGGCCAGUGCAUGGCGAACAAUUCUACAACGAGAAGCUGAUAACACGGGUGAGGGGGAUUGGGGUGGAGGUGGGUGCAGAGGAGUGGAGAAAUAUUGGUUUUGGGGAGAUAGAGAAGGUGGUGAGCAGAGAUAGAAUAGAGAAUGCUGUGAAGAGGUUGAUGGACGGUGGUGAUGAAGCUCAGAAAAUCAGAAGGCGUGCUCACGAGUUUGGGAAGAAGGCUAGAGAAGCUGUUCAGGAAGGUGGUUCAUCCCACAACAAUUUAACUGCCCUCAUUAAUGAUCUUAAGCGCUUGAGAGACUAUAAGCUUCUUUAUUAACAGCCCUUCAAAUUUAGUAUAUUAUCUUACUUUCUGGUUAAAAACGAGGCAUUUGAGAUAAAAAGGAGAACGAAUAUGUAUAAUUAUCAAAUUGCUACAGUUUCAAUCAUCCACCUUGGUAGGUAUCUUGUUGAACAAAAAUGGUGAUAUUGUUUAUCCAUUGAUAAAAAAUCUCGAUAUUUUUGAGAAGUAUC